CCUCGUUUAAACCAAAAAUAGUCUCUCUGACAACCAGAGAGAGUCUCUGAGACAGAGAAGACACUCCAUCAAACGCCUUCUUCCCCUUCUAUUAUAGCAAAUAAAAUCCAAAUAACAAAUUUGAUAUUACGAAUAUUUCUUUUUUUAUUUUUUUUUUCCUUUUUCGUUUAAGCGAUUAAAAAAAGCAAAACGGAGAAGGAGAAGCGCGCAGAGAUAUUGAUUUUGGUUAUCUCCUCCUCCCUUUGUGAAUUUGUUUGUUUCGUGGAAAGGGAGCCAAAAUUCUCAAUCUAAGCUUCUCGAUUUUUUCCUUCUCCGAUUUCUGAGUCGCCAAGGGAAUUGGCUUCAGCUUGAUGUUCAUCGAUUUAGGGCUUUAGUGCGAUUUUAGUUUUUGUGGUUGGUUUGUUUGUUGGAACAAUCUCUGGGAAUUGGAGAAUUCGAGAAUGGAGUCUCCUCCGAUAAAAUGUUGUGAUUGUGAUUGCGAUUGUUCAUCACAAGGUGGUUCAUGGAUUCGAUCUAUAAAGAGAAUAAACGACGAAUUAGUCAAGGAUCAACGUUUCUCUGUACCAGAGCUAGACGACCUUGACAUGUUCUCUAAUCCCAGAGUCCAUAUCGAGAACGAAUGUGAAUUACUACGCGAGACCGUUACCAACCAACAGCAGACGAUUCAGCAUUUGUACGAUGAGCUCGAGAAAGAGCGUAACGCUUCAUCUUCAGCUGCAGAUGGAGCUAUGGGCAUGAUUCAGAAGCUGACGACUGAGAAAGCUGCUCUACAGCUGGAAUGUACACAGCUUGAGCGUACCGUUAACGGCAGAGUGAAUUACGAAAACGCUGAGAUUGCUGCAUUAGAAGAUGUGGUCUAUCAAAGGGAUCAGAUUAUUCAGUCUCUUAAAUUUGAGAUUCAGGCUUAUAAGCAUAGGUUGAUGAGUUACGGACUCACCGAGGCAGAAGCUGAUGGUGACAAGAGCUUGCUUACUCGUUACCCGAGCAGCGUGAUUGACGUUAGUUCUGAGUUUGACUUCCCUACUUAUGACUAUCCUCCUUUGAAGUGCAAUAUAAAUGAGAACCAAGAAGAUCCUCUGGAGGCUGAUAUCUAUGUUGCAGAUGAUGAAAACUACCCACCUGUUGAUUCUCCUCAUGGCCGAGAACAUUUGAAGACUUUGGAUCGUAGACUAAGUCAGAUGGAGACAAAUCCUAGCUUUAUUCCGUUGAAUGGUGAUUUCUCGGGAGGUAGAGGGAGGGAUGUUUCGGAGAAGGUAAUGGUUGGUGAGAGUCCUAGGCAUCAAAGACAUUUUAGGAGGAUGUCUACCACUGGUUCAAGUUCACAUUUGGGAGCAUCUAAAGAACUAAGACAUGAUGUUUUUGUUGAUUCCCCAAGGUAUGAAAGCUACAGCUCUAAGAGAGUGGAAAAUGCAGAGAAUAAUAAUAAUACUAAAGAUGACUCGUCAGAGAUAGGGGAUGACAUGAGUGAUAGAGUUUAUACCAUUGAUUCUGUCCAUCACAGCAGUGUGUCUUAUAGUGGCGGUGUAACUGAACAGAAGCUUGAGGAUGGCACUUGUGAUAGCAAUGUGGUUUUCCCGAGAGAACAGACAGAUCUUGGUGAUCCUGAUAUAACGAAACUAUACAUGAGGCUUCAAGCACUGGAGGCUGACAGGGAAUCAAUGAAACAGGCACUUGUCUCUAUGAGGACUGAAAAAGCUCAAAUGGUACUGCUGAAAGAAAUUGCUCAGCAUUUGUCAAAGGAAGUUGUCCCUCAACGGAGAUUGCCUCUACGUAAAGCAUCUAUUGCUGGGCCUUUCACGCCAGUCUUUAAGUGGGUCACAUCUUUUGUUUCCUGGAAAAGAAAGGCUCGUCGAAGCAAAUACAUGUAUGGAAUGUCAGGAAACAACGUGGGCUUGCAAAUGCUUCUAGAAAAAAUCCCUCGGUCACAAAAAUGGCGAUGUCUUCUUAGGAGCACGCAAGUGUGAAACAGAUUCAUCCCUUUCAAACAAACAAAAUCACUCUCAUGACUCUAGAAUUCGAAGCACAUAAUGUCUAAUACUGAUGGAUUGGAUUGCGAGGUAACAUUUGUAUGCCUUUCUUCAACUUGGAAUUGGAUUCUCUCAUUCUUUCUUCAUUGUGCUGUUUUCCCCGAAUACUUCAACAGUUGUAUAAUAGAAUUGGGUUGAAGAAUGAUAUACCUCAGAGGCCAUACAAUCUUUGUAUGGUUUCUAACUUGAAUUGUUUCAUUCAUGGGUUUCUUUUUUCCAAUAUUUUAUAGAUCGAUUCAUCACAGUAAGUUCUUUAA